AAGUCUCCGCAGCUUGCGGCAGGCUCUUCGCGGUGCUCCCACUUAGACGCACGACUUAGAAGCGACCGGGAGUGAAGGCGUUGCUGCCGGAGCUGAGACCGGGCGGCCGGAGUCCGCAGGGAUGAACCUCGAGUUGCUAGAGUCUUUUGGGCAGAACUAUCCUGAGGAAGCUGAUGGAACUUUGGAUUGUAUCAGCAUGGCCCUGACUUGCACCUUUAACAGGUGGGGCACAUUGCUUGCAGUUGGCUGCAAUGAUGGCCGAAUUGUCAUCUGGGAUUUCUUGACGAGAGGCAUUGCUAAAAUAAUUAGUGCACACAUCCAUCCAGUCUGUUCUUUAUGCUGGAGUCGAGAUGGCCAUAAGCUCGUGAGUGCUUCCACUGAUAACAUAGUGUCACAGUGGGACGUUCUUUCAGGCGACUGUGACCAGAGGUUUCGAUUCCCUUCACCCAUCUUAAAAGUCCAGUAUCAUCCACGAGAUCAGAACAAGGUUCUCGUGUGUCCCAUGAAAUCUGCUCCUGUCAUGUUGACCCUUUCAGAUUCCAAACAUGUUGUUCUGCCGGUAGAUGAUGACUCCGAUUUGAACGUGGUGGCAUCUUUUGAUAGGCGAGGGGAAUAUAUCUAUACAGGAAAUGCAAAAGGCAAGAUUUUGGUCCUAAAAACAGAUUCUCAGGACCUUGUUGCUUCCUUCAGAGUAACAACUGGAACAAGCAAUACCACGGCCAUUAAGUCAAUUGAGUUUGCCCGGAAGGGGAGGACCCCAUGGAAGAAAUGUUGUUUCUCUGGGGAUGGGGAAUACAUAGUGGCAGGGUCUGCCCGGCAGCAUGCCCUGUACAUCUGGGAGAAGAGCAUUGGCAACCUGGUAAAGAUUCUUCAUGGGACGAGAGGAGAACUCCUCUUGGAUGUAGCUUGGCAUCCUGUUCGACCCAUCAUAGCAUCCAUUUCUAGUGGAGUGGUAUCUAUCUGGGCACAAAAUCAAGUAGAAAAUUGGAGUGCAUUUGCACCAGAUUUCAAAGAGUUGGAUGAAAAUGUAGAAUAUGAGGAAAGGGAAUCAGAAUUUGAUAUUGAAGAUGAAGAUAAGAGUGAGCCUGAGCAAACAGGAGCUGAUGCUGCAGAAGAUGAGGAAGUGGAUGUCACUAGCGUGGACCCCAUUGCUGCCUUCUGUAGCAGUGAUGAAGAGCUGGAAGAUUCAAAGGCUCUAUUGUAUUUACCCAUUGCCCCUGAGGUAGAAGACCCAGAAGAAAAUCCUUAUGGCCCCCCGCCGGAUGCAGUCCAAACCUCCUUGAUGGACGAAGGGGCUAGUUCAGAGAAGAAGAGGCAGUCUUCAGCAGAUGGGUCCCAGCCACCUAAGAAGAAACCCAAAACAACCAAUAUAGAACUUCAAGGAGUACCAAAUGAUGAAGUCCAUCCAUUACUGGGUGUGAAGGGGGAUGGCAAAUCCAAGAAGAAGCAAGCAGGCCGGCCUAAAGGAUCAAAAGGUAAAGAGAAAGAUUCUCCAUUUAAACCGAAACUCUACAAAGGGGACAGAGGUUUACCUCUGGAAGGAUCAGCGAAGGGUAAAGUGCAGGCGGAACUCAGCCAGCCCUUGACAGCAGGAGGAGCAAUCUCAGAACUGUUAUGAAGACUCUUGAAGUUCUUCGUUCUUCCCCACUUUGCCAUCAUGUGGCCUCUGGACACUGUGGUCAGUCAUUUGAGAUUGGCUUUAAUUUAAAACAAAGCCCUCUGCCUCCCACCCAGGUGGUGGAAGGAUUGAAUUUUAUGUUUGAAUGAAGAAGUGAAUUAUGGAAGAAGAGUAUAUGUCCCUUACCUUCCUUUUGAAGCAUAAGUCCAAAUAGGCUCUCAGGAAUGAGGAUUCGUGAAGACAUCAAAAAAGAGUUUUGACUCACAUAAACUUUGAUGUUUAGUUAUAUUGCUGGAGAGAAGACAACUAUGUUUUGCUCAUCUAAUUUUAUUGUACCUAGCAUCAUUUUGAUAUGCCAUUUCCUAUCUCCUGUUUACCUUCCGUCCUCAAUGCAUGUCCUCAAUGCAUGUCCUCAAGUGACUUGUUCUUACCCGAAAUUUUGCUGCCAGUAUGCUAGGAAAACUCCUGUUGCAUAUUCUCUUUCCUUCAUUUUAAAAAUUGCCCUCUCCCCAGAUGCCUUUUAUAUUUCCAUACUGUGUACAAAGGAUGGGCAGAAAAGAGAGUGCUUGAAAGAUUUCAAAUUUUUGGAAAGGAAAGAAAGAUAAGAAGACCCCCUCUUCCUACCCUACCACAUUUUGCCCAAGAAGCUGGGCUGUAAGAGAUUCAGGGUUUUUCCUUGUUUUCCUUUCAUUGCAUGUUUUCUUCCAUUAGUGGUGCAUUCUCAUUAAUCAUGGUUUUUGAAGAUAGCUAGUUUUAUCCAUCUCCAGCAAAGAAGCAUCAAUAGUUUAUAUUGCUUUACCUGUGCUGGCUUCCAGAGAUGGAAACAAACCAAGGUGUCUCUCAACA